AUGACUGGGGCUUUAUUGGCCCAAGAAACUGAUCACACUGAAAAUGAGGUAGCUUUUGACUUUGUGAGCAGUGAGUCUCUGGCACGACAAGACUCAAAUACUUAUGGAAUAUUUAAUAUUGAUGUGCUUGAACUAUGCACUGCUGAUGUGUGGAAGUCUGCUGGAUUCCCAGGGGUGAUCAGCAGCCAGCACAGCCUUACUAUGCAGUUCCACUUGCAGUUCCUGGAGCUUCCAGAGAUUUUACAGGAGCAGACCUCCUUUAGCCAUCAGUACAACGCCAGAGAGUCUGCUAAUGAACCCACCCGAGGAGAGCGACAUGGAGCUUUUGUGUGUGCAGAGAUAAAACCAGCAAGGUCGAUAGUUCCUAAGGGAACAGAAAUAUUCCUGAGUGCUAGAGGGUCAUGUUCACUAGAACGGCCAAAAACAGAGAAAGGAAACUCAGUGAAAAGCCGAAUGACCUCACCCAGUCUCUUCCUGGAGAAUUCCUAG